ACGACAUGUCCUGAACGGCUCCCUUAUUUCGUUUCUGAUCUAUGGAGCGACCAUCAACCUCGAAGCCGAGAGGCAUUUGUAAAUACUAUCAGACCAAGUGGGGAUGCCUGCAAGGGAGCAAGUGCAAGUUUCUGCAUGGAGAGGAGCAGAAGAUUACCCCUUACGACGAGAGAAAGACCUGUAGGUUUUUCGCCCAAGGUUAUUGCAAACGUGGCGCAAGCUGCUGGUUCAAACAUGUCUAUCCUGAUACCGCUGCCGCCACCGAGCUCGCCGAAGUGGCCCCUCGUCCGCCAUCUCCUGAAGAGCCCUUGGCCUGUAGCAUCUGUCUCGAACCACCCGUGACGUUUGGCUUGCUUACCAAUUGCAGCCAUAUAUUCUGUAUCGAGGCGAGCGAGACGCUUCUUUCGUUCCUGAGCUUCUAUCUGAUCAGCCCUUUUGUUCAGUGUCUACGAAAAUGGCGAGACCCAAAGGACAAGGGCGGAGAUAUUAUAGGAUCCCGUGUCAACAAGAAAUGUCCCUACUGUCGCACUUACUCCAGGUUGAUCAUACCCUCUAGUCAUUAUUAUCCGGAUGGACAUCAGGGUAAAGCAGAGACGCUGGAGAAGUACAAGGGUAGCCUUGCCCGCGUGCAUUGCAAGUACUUCAAGCACUCGAAACCGACUGAUCGUUGCUGUCCCUUCGGAAAGGAUUGUUAUUACAAGCACGAGAAUGAGGACGGUACACCAUAUGUGUUCGAAGAGGGUGUUGAGUACUGGAUGAACAAAUGGCACCGUCGUCGCCUGCACUACCCAAGCCACGUGCCAGACGAACGCAUCACCCGCCUUGCUCUGAAUUAUUUUCUUGAUAAUUCUUUUAACGAUGUCAACCGCUACGUGGACGAUAUUCGCGAACUGCUCGCUCGCAUCCCCGAUCUUGCCAAUGACGGGCCCCAGGCAGGAACUAGUGGAGCUCGAAAUGAAGAUGGUCCUGCUCCUGGGUUGCGCGAACUGAGCAAUCAGCUUAUGGCUCAUGUCACCGCGAACCUCAAUGCUGUCUUCGCUCGCCCCGCCGGUGAAGCGCCAGUUCCCAAUGCCAACAAUCCCUCAGGACCUGGUCCGAAUAUACCACUCGGCAGUUGGCCUACUACCGCUACUGAUCCACGUCUUCCCGGCAACUCUACUCACCGACGUCGCCCACCACGUUCCGGAUCUCCUGUCCCAUCUGAUGUGGGGUCUAUGCCCGAAUUGGAGACGGUGUCAGAUUCAAGUGCGGACGAGGAAGAGGACGGUGAGCCCGAAGGUCGCUUCUGGGGAGAUGACGACGAUCCACCAUGGUCUUCCGAGGAUGAAGAGGAUGAGCAUGAAGGUCCGAGCGGCGGGAUGACAAGAGUAGAGCUGGGGAGAAUUGUCGAAGCUAUCCAGAAUCUGACCUUGGGAGACUCAGACGGUGUAGACGGUGAGGAACCGGAGUUACACUUCAUGGAGCACGACAGUACAGACCCUGGGCAGGGUUUUCAUGAGCCGCCUCCGCCUUCGUCGGCGUUUAACUCGGAAGAGGACGAGGAGGCGGUGCCGAAUGAAUUCCUCACUGCGCUUGCGACUAUGUCGGGCAUGAUAGGGUCUGGGUCGGAAACAGAGCAUGUUGGUGGUGAGGGAAGUGCAGAGGAGGGAGCGCCACCUCUGGAGCCUUCACCUCCAGUAUCAUUUCCCCCCGCUGAGAUGGUUUCUCUUGCCCAACCUUCGAACUCCGCGACUACGCCUUAUAUCGAUAUCCCUUCCACUUCAUCACACAUUCUACCAGUCGACAGCGAUGCUGCAGCUGCCAUCUGUCCAUCUUCCGAUACACUACCAAGUUUGACACAGUCAUUACCCUCCCCUUCCACCACAGGCCCCGAGUCCGCCACCGCCACGCCCACCCCUGAGCCACCGGCGGAGGCGGGAGCAUGGGCCUGCGCUCAACCAAGCACAGGUCCACCUCCUGACCCUCCUUUCAUGACGGACGGACGGGGUCGUGUCGUCUGGAGUAGAGCAGGCUCAAAGUCUGGCCCUUCAUCGCCCGCGGCUCCCUCUUCACCAAGUCAUGGGCGUGGGAGCACGAGGACGGUGACGGCGCUGCAUGGAACAAGAAGGCUCACGGAGUGUCCGGAGGGAGAAACGGGUGUAGGAGAGCGGAUGGUGGAGUGAGUAUUGAGGGCGGUACAGAGGGCUCGGUCUUCAGGGUGAUCGUAGUGUUAUUGUUUUGCUUUAAAUCGUUGUCCGUUCAAAUUGUAUCAUGUGUAAUCAAAAUUAUGGUGUACAUUGUUAUAUGGCUGUUUUUUCCCGAUAUACGGCGAAUUGCAAGCUUGCACGACUGUGGCAUAGACUGCUGCGUGCUCUCGAUGGAAUGAUCAGAAAUCGGCGCAUACUACGGAUGGAGGAAUAGCGUAGACAAACACGAGAAACAACGGCGUACUUCUUAGCGAAAGCGGGUGAUAUACAUACAACACAGGCGAGAAAGAAGGGCAGAGGGCUAUUUAACGGUGUAGAGUACAUGUACAGGGUGAUCUCGAAUUAGACAGCGAGGAGCAGACACAA